AUGACCAAGUCGUCCAACUGGGCCAAAAGCCGAAAGGGAGUGGGGAAAAAGCCGAAGAAACCAGGAUGCAAAUUUUGUGGUCCUCCGUGGGUCAGGGGCUUGGGGGCUGCCCAAUUUAAGCUCCAUAACUCAGACCGCAGCGUGAAAGAAAUUAGUUCAGCCGAGGGAUUGGCUCCUCCUUCUUAUCGAGCGUGAGAAUCAGAGAUUUGA